CCGCCAACCUGGCUACCGUAAGUAACCUUGGCGGGCAGUAGGAGGUCUCGGCGGCCUCCGGGAUGGCCGGGCCUCUGUGCCGAGCGACGGGAGGGCUGAGCUUGCUGCGUCGACUGCUUCGCCCCGGAGGCAAGCUAGGCCCGCGCCCCGGAGUGCGGCGGGCAAGUGAAGGUGUACAUGUUAAUACGGAAUACCGCCAAUUUGUACCACCACCGCGGUUUGCAGUAGUCAUUGGUGAAGCAUCCAGUGGUCUCAUGUGGUUCUGGAUUUUGUGGCGCUUCUGGCAUGACCCAGAUGAAGUGCUGGGUCACUUUCCAUUCCCAGAUCCUUCUUUGUGGACAGAUGAAGAGCUAGGAAUUCCUCCCGAUGAUGAAUAAUAAACAUGUGGUUUCAAAGUGGCUCUUAAAGGAUACUUUGCUUAAUAAGAAAGCAUUAAUUAAGAUCUACUGUUGCAAAAUAAGAAAUAUCACAUUAAAAUUGAACUACACCAGAAA